GAAUAAAGAAUGAGUACAUACGCAGAAGAAGUGUAGGUAGGCGUAGAAGAGGGGAGGAUUUUUAGAUCAGUUAUUUUACUUCGUUCCUAUUUUAUGGAUGCCGCCUAGUGUACUUUGUAAUAAACCAUGAAUACCAUAGUUUAAUAUAGUAAAAAAAAUGAGAACAAUGUGUAGAAUGAAAAUGGUGAAUAAAAGUUAUCUAUAUUAACUAUGACCAAACAAAAGCUCAAAGUUUACUUAAUGGAUUGUUUUACCGUGAUAAACGGGUAUUUCUUAGCGUUACCGUCUGAAACACUUUACGUAUAAAAGAUUUGAGAAUUUUUUUUUAUAAAUCUGUUAAUAUUAUACAAAAGUUUACAUCUAAAUUCAAUUUCUCUUUUUUGAUGAUGGCUCGUGAUAUUAUUUCCUAAUUAGAUUAUUAACCUUUAAUAAGGGUAUUAAAAAAAACCAUGUAUUGAAGUUUAUAAAUUGCUUUAAACAUUUCACCAUAAAUUGCCAUUCAAAAAUUAACUUAAACUCUAAUACUAAAUUAUUUAAUGUCUGAGAAAGAAUGAAUUAAAGUCUGUACAAUAAAGAAAAUAAAUAAAAAAUAGAUUGAAUUACCCUUCAUUUUAUAAAUAAUAUACAUAAUAUUUACCAGUUGUCAUUUUUUUCUCUUUUUUUUUUGUAGGCUCUGCUUGAAAUUGGUGCAAUAGCUGGAUUAUUCCUUGGAGAAUAUUGCAUAGAAAAAUUUGGAAGAAAAAAAGGAAUAAUGAUAGCAGCUUUAUUUUAUAUUCCAGGAUGGAUUUUAUUAGGCUACUUUCCCAAUGUAACAACUUUACAUGUUGGAAGAAUAUUGACAGGAAUUGCCACCGGUUCAUGUUCCCUAACUGUCCCAAUAUAUAUUGCGGAAGUUUCAUCAUUUCAGUUUCGUGGAAGAUUAGGGGUCAUAAAUCAGAUUGGUACCACCAUAGGAAUAUUUUUAGCUUUUUUAAUAAAUUUAUACGGCAACGUCAAGCAAUCAACAACGGCUGCAGUUUCUAUUGCAUUAGUCAUGGGAAUUUCAAUACUAUUUGUUCCUGAAUUCCUAGAUGGCUGCUAGCUAAUAAAAGUUGAUAUGAAGCCUGUAAAGCAUUAAAAGGGUUGCGCGGCAUUUUAUACGAUGUAGAAGAUGAACUAAAUAAAAUUGAAAAUAACUUAGAACAACAAACUAUGGCAGCUCUAAACGAUUUUAGAAAGCCUCGCUUCUAUCGACCUUUACUGUAUGGCACUUUCCUAAUGGUUUUUCAGCCAAUGUGUGGAAUAAAUGCUUUGAUGUAUUCUGCUCGCAAAAUAUCUUUUGUUGGAGGCUUCAGCAAAAUAUUAUUAGUUUUGUAUUUAAUAAUGGUGCUUUUUACAGUUUUAACAUAUUUCAUUGUGGACAAAUAUGGAAGACGAAAACUUCUUAUUCUUGGGGCUGUUGGUAUGUUUAUUUGCAAUCUUGUACUUGGAGUUUAUUUUCAGAUUUCUAAGAUACCAAACAGUAAUAAAACGUUGGAAUCUCAUUUUAAUAAUAGUAAAAUGCAGAUGUUAGAAAUUAGUUAUGUCAAAAUCCAUAGUAGCUAUUUAUGGUUGGUUGUCGCGUGUUUAAUACUAUUUAUUGUGAGCUACUCAAUUGGAUGGGGGCCUUUACCAAUUUUACUUAUAUCUGAAAUAUUUCCUCCUCGUAUGCGCAGUUAUUUUUGUUUUACUGUUUUAUGUAUAAAUUGGAGUGUUACUAUUUUAGUGGUAUCUUUAUUUGAUAAAUUAGUAAAUAUUGUUGACGUUCAAGGAGCUCUAUGGAUUUAUUCCGCAUGUUGUUUUAUUAGUAUAUUCUUUGUAUAUUACUUUGUGCCCGAAACGAAGGAUAAAACUCUUGAAGAUAUUGAACAUUAUUACCAAAUGAAUUCCGAAUUUCGAAACUAUCUUAACUAA